AGUUCCUUCCAUCUUCCUACAACUCAUUCAACUUCCUUGCCACGCAAAAGUCGAUCGCCACCCCGAGCCAAACUCUAUUUUAAUUCCGAUCACCGAAACUAAAACGAAGCCUAUCAAGAGCCAACCAAGGCCAAAGCAAAGAAGAAAGGUAGCAAAUGGAAGUGGUGGUACCAAUGGCACCAGCCCAAGAUUUCCACUUCCAGAGUGCAUCCACCUCCCCAUAUGCGAGUGCACCGUCAAGCCCGAAGCCCUUCGGCAAUCCCUCAGAGUACUCCUUCUAUGCCAGCGCCCCCGCCAGCCCCUCCCAAACUGCAGCCAUCUACGCCCGUAUAUUUGGUUGGGAGGACGAAUCCAGCACGCCCAAGCCUAGUGGCGACGAUGCCAAAGAAUUCGACUUUGCCUUCGCUUUUGAUAGCCAUCUCCAGAGGAAAGCUUCGACGACAGAUCUUGCGGCUGCCGAUGAGCUCUUUGAGAAGGGGAGGAUCCGGCCUCUGAAGCCUCCUCCCCAUCUCAAUCAUCCUGUGAAGGAUAAUGGGAGCGGUGCAACUCCCUCUCAAGAGGUUAUAGAGGAAGGGUUGAAAGAUAGAGGGAGGACCCCCUCUACUCUUUCCACCACUCAUUCCAGAAGUAGGAGAGGGCCGAGAUCCCUCUCUCCUAUUAGAGGAGCUGGGGACUUCAACAAUUCCCUCACCUCCUCUACCACCACCACCACCACCUCCUCCUCCUCCUCCUCCUCUUUAUCGAAGGGUGGUGGGAGCAAGAGGUGGAGGUUGAAAGACUUGCUCCUGUUCCGGAGUGCUUCAGAAGGACGUGUGACAGGGAGAGGAAGCAAAGAUCCUCUGCGCAAAUAUACCGUGCUUUCACUGCUGCCAUCUUUAUCCAACAAGCGAAGGUCGGGAGGGGAGGAGGCAAAGAAUUCCAGCUCCGAGGCGACUGAUAAGGAUGGUUCGAUUAGGAGAAGAAGCGGAUCGGCUGUCUCUGCGCACGAGAAGCACUACACCAUGAACCGUGCGGCGUCGUCGGAGUCAAAGAAGAAAACGCCCCUGCCUUUCCACCGCCAUGGCCUGUUUGGUUAUCUCAGCUUCAACCCAGCCGUCCACAGCGUCACCAGAGGAUCUAGGAACAAGUCGUUCUCUGGGGGGCGAUCCUAGUCACUGGGCUGGCACGAUCAGAAGGAAAAAAAAACUAUACUUCCUUUUAUAAAUGUUUAUUAUUUGUUCAUGUUUUAUUCUUUUGAAAACCAAGAGAGGAUAAGAGAAGGAAUUUAUCCAUUCUGUAUUUUGAAUAUGUUUGUUAUAUAUCAUAUUUUAUUCAUAUGAAUAGAUGCAAGGAAUUUGGUGGUAUGGU